AGUAAAUGAUAUUUUAGAAUUGUUAGUAAAAUUUACAAACGAACAAAUUAAAAAAGUACAACCAAAUUACGGAAGAGAAAGAGACGCACAUCUAACCGACUUAGUUGAAAUAAAAGCUCUUAUCGGCAUUUUAUACUUAGCAGGUUGCAAAAAACAAAAUCGCUGCAAUCCAAAUGAAUUGUGGACAAUGGAUGGAACCGGCCUAGAAAUUGUUAGAAUCGUAAUGAGUGAAAAAAGAUUUAAGUUUUUACUGUGCAAUUUACGAUUCGACGAUAAAAAUUUAAGAAAAGAGCGAAUUAAAACUGACAAGUUGGCUGCAGUGAGGGAUAUGGUGGACAUAUUUGUAAAAUCUUGCCAGAAAAAUUAUUCUAUAUCGGAAUAUUGUACUAUAGACGAGAAAUUAGAAGGAUUUAGGGGACGAUGCGGAUUUCGACAAUAUAUGCCCAAGAAACCUCAGAGAUAUGGCAUUAAAAUUUAUGUGUUAGCGGACGCAAGAAUGUAUUACACUUAUAAUUUCGAAAUCUACUGCGGAAAACAGCCAGAGGGCCCAUAUUCGAUUUCGAAUUCACCAGAUCAAGUCGUAAAACGAUUAAUAAAUCCUAUAACGAAAUCAGGGAGGAAUUUGACAGUGGAUAAUUGGUUUACCAGUUAUAGCUUAUUCUCAGAUUUGUUACGGGACCGAAUUACAAUGGUAGAAACAAUAAGAAAAAACAAACGAGAACUCCCUCUUCAAUUUACAGAUGUAAGAGGUAGAAAAGUCUGA